AAACCAAGCUGAGCGUGAUUGUCACGUAAGACAUCAUGGUGGAUGUGUUAUGACUUUACUCAUCGUAUAAUCUUACAGAAGACGCGAUCAUGCUGUUGUCUGCUCUCAGACUUAUCCGGUCCAAUGGUUACAAUGCCGCGUGGAGGAACUUUUCAAGAAUGAAGCAAAGCCCUUUAACACAAUGGUCACUGAGGAGAGGACAGACCACCGUGACCAUCAAAAGUGGCCCAGUAACAACCGUAUCGAUCCCCAGCGCAGCGACAGAUCGAGUGGUGGGCCGCUGGCUGGUGGGCUGCAGUGGACUGGUUCUGGGCGCUGUCAUUUUGGGAGGUGUUACCAGAUUGACAGAGUCUGGGCUUUCCAUGGUCGACUGGCAUUUAGUGAAGGAGAUGAAACCCCCCCGGACUCAAACUGAGUGGGAAGAUGAGUUCUCAAAGUAUAAACAGUUCCCAGAGUUCAAAAUCAUGAAUCACGACAUGACGUUGACAGAGUUUAAGUGUAUAUUCUACAUGGAGUGGGGACAUCGUAUGUGGGGUCGGCUGGUGGGAUUGGCUUACAUCAUUCCUACAGCAUAUUUCUGGAGUAGAGGAUACUUCACACGGUCAAUGAAGGCUCGUGUUCUGGGCCUGUGUGGCUUUGUCUUCUUUCAGGGUCUUCUGGGCUGGUAUAUGGUGAAGAGUGGUCUGGAGGAGAAGCAAGGGCCAUCCGACAUUCCCCGUGUCAGUCAAUACAGACUGUCAGCUCAUCUGGGUUCUGCUCUUCUUCUGUACUCCGCCAGUCUCUGGACAGGACUCACGCUCUUACUGCCUGCAAACAAGCUUCCCGAAAGCCGGCGUUUGCUUCAGCUCAGGAGGUUUGCCAAGGGCACCGGAGCCCUGGUGUUCCUCACAGCUCUGUCAGGUGCGUUCGUGGCUGGACUGGAUGCAGGGUUGGUGUAUAACUCCUUUCCAAAAAUGGGUGAGCGCUGGAUCCCUGACGAUCUUCUGGCGUUUUCCCCGACCUUGAAGAAUGUGUUCGAAAAUCCUACAACUGUACAGUUUGACCACCGUUGUCUGGGCAUCACCACACUGACGGCCAUCACAGGACUCUAUCUCUUCUCCAGACGAAUGUUUUUACCCAGAAGGACGAGGAUUGCCAUCGGCUGUCUCACAGCCAUGGCUUACACACAGGUGGUUCUUGGCAUCAGUACGCUGCUGUUUUAUGUGCCCACCUCGUUGGCAGCCACACACCAGUCUGGAUCUGUGGCGCUGCUCACCUUUGCCAUCUUUGUUUUGGCUGAGCUGCGUAAAGUGGUCAAGUAGAUAUCUUAUAUAAAUUAUGCUGUACAGUGUGGCGUCUCCUUGUUUGUUUGUAUGGGUGGAUAUAAUGGACCCGACAGUUGCAAAAUUCACAUAAUUGUAUUUUGCAGUUACAUGAUAAAAAUGAUGUUCCAGUUUCUUUUGUGCAACAUUCAUAAUAAAUCUAAAUGACAAUGGA